UAGUUCACUGAUUGCCUUUUAGCAGUUUAUGGAUAUUCUAAAAGGAAUUCAACACUGUAGUUUUCAUGAGUUUCAAAGUGGCUAUAAUAGAGCCAAAAGGUACAAUUUGAUCUAAACAGUAUACAAUUCAUGGUUAUAAAGAGCUGAAGUUGGAAAUGACAAAAUCAGACAAAAAUUACCCACCCUUGGGUCGUUUCAUUACAUUUGUAUUAACACAGUAAACUGGUUAAAUAAUAAUAAUAAUAAGGAAGCGAGGUGGACACAAAUGGCCAGCCUAGAGGUCAGAGGGUUUAAAUACUUACACAUUAAGGAACAAUCCAAAAAUAUUUAAGAAAAAAUGUACAAGUGUUUUAAAACAGGGAGUUACUUUUUAAUCACCUUGUAGAAUUAAUUCAACUGUCACCAGUAGUGGGAGGUUAAUGAGAUAUGAAUAAAAGCUCAAAGUCAGUUGGGAUAGGUGCAAGCUAACCUGCGACCCAAAUGAGGACAAGCGGUAUAGAAAAUGGAUGGCUGGAUGGAUGGUAUUGUAGAUACUUGAGUCACUGAAAAUUAGUGUGGGACAUCUCCGUUUCGGUCAUUUUUAAGUUUAGGGUGUAAAAGAAUAGGAAAAAAGGAAUAUCUUUCAGAUGAAUGCUGGGUUAAAUCAAGUUUAUUUCCAACGUUGGUAUAGGUCCAUUAUUGCAUUCAGCACUUAUCCUGAUUCAUUGGCGCAACAGUGAGCCAGCAUCCCAGAAAGAGAUGUUCAGAGAUUGAGAGAAGAUUCUAAAAGUAAGUAGUGCUUUAGCUUGGGUGCCAGUGUACGUUAUUUAUCAUCUUUCAUGAAAGAUGCAAUAGAUUUGAUGGAUGUCUGAAAUUAAACCGCUAUCACACUAAGCAGCAUUUUGUUUCUUUUUUUUCUAAGCCCACUUUGAUGACUGAGACCGCCGUUGCACUUCAUUAAUUUAUUUCAAUCCCAGUUUGUUACUUUUGUGUGUUUGUAUCAGUGAAAGUUCCGUGUUAUCUUUAAUGAAAUCUGAAUAGUUUUGACAGAUGUUUGGGCUCAGACCACUAUUGCACUCAACUUGUUUUACAUUCCAACCUAUGAAAUGAAUUCUCCAGGAUGCUAAGUAAUGUGUUAUACACAAUUCAUUGUCUUAUUUUCCCCGCACAGAAGACGCUUGGAGUGAGACUUUCAAUGUGUGCUUUCGCAGUAGGCCUCAUUGUUGUCUUAUGCAAAGCGUGCGGAGCGGGAUAGGGUGCGCAGCGAUGUAUGCAAAUGAGCCUCUCGGGCUGCCGGAGUACAGCGCUGUACAGGUGAGCCUUCCUCCACUCUGGAAAAUGCCAAAGUAAGUCAUACAAGUAGCAGUGGUAGUGACGGAUUCAUCAUCCUUUCAUCACAAAACAUCCACUUGAGGUCAGGAAGAUGAGCGCAGACACUCUGGAGCAGUCGGACACUCAGGCGGAGCAGACAAAGCAAAAAGGAAUUGUAUUCCAUCGACAAAUAAAGACUGAGGACAUCAUCGACUCUUCCCACCUGAGCUCCUCGCUGAAGACAUGUCACAUGACGCAGAGCCCUCCCAUGCACAGCGCUCACAUGCCUGCGGACCUGACGUCCCUGCACAGCAUGCAGCAGUUGGUCCUGAUGCCGCCGUCUCACCUGUCGUCUUCGUCCCCCUUCCUGCUCUCCCAGAACCCCCCCAGCCACCACCAAGCUCUUCUGCAACAGAACCUGAUGUCACUUCCCGGGCAGAAUCAGAGCGGUCUCAUGCAACAACAGCCCGGCCUGGCUUUGACUCCGCAGGGGAUGAGUCGCUCCGGCCUGGUGGGCCCGUCGAUGGACAACCACAUGGACAUGUCUCACCCGCAGUUGCUCAAACACAUGGCGGUGCCACCCCAAGAAGAACCCAGCGACCUGGAGGAGCUGGAGCAGUUUGCCAAAGCCUUCAAACAAAGACGCAUCAAACUGGGCUUCACACAGGGCGACGUGGGCAUGGCCAUGGGCAAACUGUACGGCAACGACUUCAGCCAAACCACCAUCUCUCGUUUCGAGGCUCUCAACUUGAGCUUCAAAAACAUGUGCAAGCUCAAACCCCUGCUUGAGAAGUGGCUGAGUGACGCAGAAAACUCCCCUUCGGACUGCAUGAGCAGCGCGGCCUCCCUGCCGCCGCUGAUGGAGGGCUAUGGACGCAAGCGCAAAAAGAGGACCAGCAUUGAGACCAACAUCAAGCUCACGCUGGAGAAGCGCUUCCUCGACAACCCCAAACCCAACUCGGAGGAAAUCACGCUGAUCUCGGAGCAGCUGGCCAUGGAGAAGGAGGUGGUCCGGGUUUGGUUCUGCAAUCGGCGCCAGAAGGAGAAGAGAAUCUACUGCCCGGUGACUAGUUUGCCUGUCAAGACGCAGAGCUACAACUCUAGAAUGGCCGCCGCAGUGUCCAGAUCAUACAGUCCGCUGGCUUCAGGAGGAGUUUUAUCAAGUUCGUCUCCAAACUGCGUGAGUCGGGAAGUUUCUCCCGACAGCAUGUCCAUGUCCACGGCAUCUUUAACGUCUCUGGUCAACCCAGCGUCUUACAGCAGUCCAGGGUCCUGGUACCGUACUUGGAAUUCUAGCGUGUAUCCCCACUGAAGCACUGCUACACCCACUUUUUAAAAAAUGUCGUUUAUUUUAGAAGGAUGUACGAUGAAGAUCUUGCGAAGAAGAUGAACUUCGACAUUGAAACGUAUACGGUGGAAACAUCGGGAGAUGAAGAUGAAGUCCCCCUUGACUGCUGUUAAGGAAAAGUUUACAGUCCAGCCUAUAAAUUUAUAGAUGUGAGACUGUUGGGGGGGGGGGAAAAAAAGUCCAAAUAUCUCAGUUAGUAGGAAUGUACAUAUUGAGUAAGAAGUAAGAAAAUUGAGUCUCCCCCCCCCCCCCACACACACACACAUUUGAGCAUUUUGCCAAAUCUGACUCUGGACUUGGAUUAUAUUGGAUAUUCAUAUUUGAUCAUAUUGCUUUCACUUUUAUCUACAACUGAGAUAUUGUCAUCAUCUACAAUAUCAUCUAGGUAGCAUGAAAGAAAAGAAACAAACCGGGAUUUCAAAAUGCAAUUGUGGUCUACAUCCAAACAUCCAUCAAAUGUUUCAAGAAGGAUGAUAUAUACCAUUCACUUAUACUAACAUACAAAAGAAACAAACUGGGAUUAGAGAAACAUCAAUAGGAGUUGGCACAGUGUUGUACUGAUGAAUUAGGAACAUUGCAAUAAAGGACUACCCCCUAUAUGUCGAAAUUGGAACGAAACUUUGAUUUAGACCAGUAUUUGUCUGAAACAUGCCUUCUCUUUAGUCCCUUUUCCACUGCAAAAUGACAACAAUGGAGUUUGCUCACUCUAUUUCUAAGUGGCUCAUUUCAGAUAGUCAGGUUCAAAUGUGUUUUCCCCCUCUGUUUUAAAAUCUUUGGGAUUUAAAAAUUUUUUUUUUCGUUUUUAAUUUACCUGCAUUUUGUUGACAACAGCGGUGGGGAACCUACAGCUUGUGGGCCAUCUUA